CUGGAGGAGACUCCCACACCGCUGCUGUCUCCCCCUCCAAACUUCUUCGUCUCUUUUCCACAACUUGUCACAUCUCUGCAAAGGCUCGAGACAUCAGAGUUGGUUGCAUGGCUACAUGAAAGUUUCGUGGACUUGGAACUUGGAAAACUUUCAGCGGCGCUUUAUUGGAGCUCGUCGCCUCUAUAGUAACUGUGGAUUACUGACAUACCGCAGGACCUUUGGCAGCUAUUUAUUGGGGGUUUCCAUCGUGUCUUCUGCAGAGGUCUGAGUCGAGAUGGGGAGCAAAGCCCUGCACGCUCCGAUCCCCCUGCACCCGGCCCUCCAGCUCACAAACUACUCCUUCCUGCAGGCCGUCAACACGUUCCCAGCUGACCAGCUGCAGGGACUGUACGGCCUCAGCGCGGUGCAAACCAUGCACAUGAACCACUGGACUCUUGGUUACCCGCACAUACAAGGACUGAGGUCGACGAUCACGGAGAUGGCAGCUGCGCAGGGUCUGGUCGACCCCAGGCUUCCCUUCCCAGCGAUACCCUUCUCAGCCGCAGCGCAGCUCUUUCAUCCAAAACAGGCAGCCGUGGGGCACGGCGUCCCGUCGCUGCACAAGGACAGGCCGAGGUUUGACUUCGCCAACCUGGCCCUCGCUGCCACUCAGGAGGACCCCCCGAAAGCUGCGGAUCUGGCGAAGUUGGCGUCGGGGCUAGGGGGAACGAUCUCCGAGCUGAGCAAGCUGUCCCCAGAAAGAAAACCCACCCGGGGCAGGCUCCCGUCCAAAACUAAAAAGGAAUUUAUUUGCAAGUUCUGCGGCAGACAUUUCACCAAGUCCUACAACCUCCUCAUCCACGAGAGGACCCACACAGACGAACGACCGUAUACCUGUGAUAUUUGCCACAAGGCUUUCCGAAGACAAGACCAUCUCCGAGAUCACAGAUACAUCCACUCCAAGGAAAAACCAUUCAAAUGUCAAGAAUGUGGGAAAGGAUUCUGUCAGUCUCGAACUCUAGCCGUCCAUAAAACCUUACAUAUGCAGGAGUCUCCCCACAAAUGCCCCACAUGCGGAAGAACCUUUAAUCAAAGAAGUAACCUGAAAACUCACCUUCUCACCCAUACAGACAUCAAGCCCUACAGCUGUGGCCGCUGCGGAAAGGUGUUUCGGCGCAACUGUGACUUGCGACGGCACAGUUUGACGCACAGCCCACAUCAGGACUACUAGCCUGGACAGACUAACAAAAUAACAAUGGACAAAAAAGCAGGAAGACAAGUCAGCGACUUCUUCUUUUUCUUCUUCUUGUUUUUUUUCUUUUUUUCCCUUUGGUUCAAAGACAGUCUCCAAAUCAGGACACGUUUACUGGCGCACAUUUGGAGUUUGGUUGCACAUCAAAUGGGA